GCUAUAUAUAUUUUCUAACCCUUUUUGAGAACACACAUAACAAUAAAUAUAUAAUUGAGAAUGGCAAGCCUAGCCUUAGCAUCCACCCUUCUCAAGUGCUGCAGAAUUGGUGCAGUAGUGACUAAGAGCCCAUGGAGCUCCAGGGUUUUUGUUCCUGCAACAAGGCAUUUCCAGGCACAUUCACGUAAAGAGGCAUCAAACGCAUCUGAAACGGCUUCUCAGGCGACAAAACAAGGAAUAAAUGAAGCAAAGAACGUCGGUCAAGAUGUGAAAAACAAGGCUGCUUCUGUGGCUGAAGAAGUGAGCCAGAAAACGAAAGAAGCAGCGGGAGAAGUUUCAAAGGUGGCACAAGAUGUGACAGAGAAAGCAAAACAAACAAUCCAGGAUGCAUGGGGCUCUGUUAAAGACACCUCACAAACGAUUAAGGACAAAGUUUCAGGAAAAGCCGAGGAAUCCAAGGAAUUUGUGAAAGAAAAUGCGGAGUCGGUCAAGCGCUGCAUGAACAGUAAAAAUUGAACUUUUAAUUUCGAGCUCAAUUCUCUUGCUUCCUGAUCAAUUUGUUUUGUUUUAAGUACUGGGUAUGUUCUUGUAAGAUGAUGAGAUAAGCUUACUGUAUUGAGUAUUCCAUUGUAUUAAAUAAA